GCGUUCCGAGCCAUCAACGCUUCUUCACGGCAGAGGUGUUCAGCCUGCUUUUUUGAUCAAACUUCUUCCCUAGAUUCUCUUUGAACAUCCGGUCAUUCUCUUGUUGGUUUAUAGAACAAAGUUGCAGAGUUCUUGGGCUACGAACCCUGCACUCCUACUCCUGAAUUCCCCAAAAUCUUUCCAACCAAGCCCAGCAAAGAUGAGCACGACGUUUGUGAAUGCACUGGCGAGGGUUUUGCCGUCUGUUGGCCGACAAUGCCAGGCCGGAGCCCCCGUCUUUCGCCAGAUGAGACAAGCUUCUUCGGCACCCAAACCGUUCAGCUCGAGGGACAAGACUCGUGAAAUGGAACGAAAGCUUUUGAACAAGCAACCGGCACAGUCUGCAGGGGAAGGUUCAUCACUAUCCGCAAUAUCUAAACUAAUGCGCGGAGAGGAACAGCCUGUGAGCCUUGAUUAUUCGAAGAUGGCCGAGAGUCUUGAAGCAGAAAUGAUCAAACGCCCCUACGCCGACCGAUCCCCUCCACACCAUCUCCACGUCUACUCGCAUAAACACAACACUCAACUGACUUUGACCCGACCAAAUGGUAACCCGUUGCUGUCGAUGGGCUGUGGUAACUUGGGCUUUCGAAAAGGUGGUCGGUCAGGCUACGACCCAGCAUACCAAUUGACAUCGCAUGUUUUCGGUCAGAUCCAGGAAAAGGGGCUUCUUCCGGAUAUCCAUCGGCUGGAGAUUAUCUUCCGGGGUUUCGGGGCUGGGAGAGAAGCGUUUACCAAGGUCUUGUUGGGUCAUGAGGGAAAGAAUAUUCGCGGGCUGGUGAGUCGGGUAGCGGACUCAACCCGGAUAAAAUUUGGUGGUACAAGGAGUCGGAAGGUUCGCAGACUGGGUUAAAGUCCAGUCCUUGUUCACCAAGUGGAUUUGUCUCAGUCCUCCGGAGCCAUAUGGGAGGAGAGGAUCCGAAGAUGUCCUUUGCCCAAGCCAAAUGGUAAACCGAACGUUCACUCCACGGGUCUCUUUUAAAGCCGCGGGGAGAGAGACAUGGCGUGGAGGAAAGAGCGGGUGUGAUUUGUGACUUUUAUGUAUAUUAUCAUGUAGCCUCUUCCUUGGGAUACACAGGAUUUUCUCUUUAUAGUGCAGAUUUCGAUAUGCAACCAGUAUAUUAUUAAGAUUCACAAGAGAUUUUAUAGAAUCGAUAAACAAG